AUGAUCACACAGUCAGAAGUCAGCCAGCUGCGCGAAUUUCACGCUCAACAUUUCCCCCAACAGCGCGUUCCGUCCCUCACAGGCUGGGUCGAGCAAUUUCCGGCGAACCCCCAAACAGAAAGCGGACAUUCUCCAGAGGAGUCCGCGGGCCUGGGAUAUUAUAGCGAUGGCACAAGACGGACAUUGACGGAUGAGCAAAUCAAAAUGUUCAGACACUCUGAAAUACAACGUCUGCUCAAUGAGAGAAGCACUAUCAAGGAGAAAGAAGAGAGACAGAAGAGAAGAAUCGAUCGUGAGCAGACAAGCCCAGGGGCUUUGGAUAGGAAGAAACAUCAACAUAAUGACGAUCCUGGACCGAACGUAGUGGAUACUCUUCUGUAUGACGAUGUCGAAGACUCUCUUGAAACGCCGAAGGCGUUGGAGGCGACCAGAAGAACAUUCUUAUGGCCCCAACUCCGAGAUUCUUAA